AUGUCUGCAUCCCUUCCUGUAACCCCUCAAAGGCCACGAACAAUCCCAACCGUCUCGGCACCUCGUCGCAAUGUCGCUGGACAGCUGUUGAAGAAGACGGGCCUGAUUCGAGGCAACGGCGAGGAUGUAUCGAUGAAAGAGGCAUCGUCUUCGAAACCUCAGCAUCGCUCAAUGCGCUCUCGAACGACGAUGCAGGCCAAAGCGAUGGAGGCUGUCAAGGGAAAGGCCGCUUCGAUGGCAAUGCAGCGCUCAUCCGCGUCUGCUGCACGCGGUGAGACUCCGCCCACAACCAGAGGACCCGUUACAUCACGUAUUCCUAAGCGGCCUGUUGCCUCGGAGGCAUCCGUGGUCGAGACGUGGAAAAAGGUUGUAUCCAAGCGAUAUAAUGCACAGAAUCUUUUCCUGAACCUAGAUAACCUUGCUGUGGACGAGGAUCUUGCCAAAGCCAAGAUUACAAUUACCAAGACAAGGGAGUCUAGGGAGGUGCAUGUAAUUAUGAAGAUUGCCUCCCAGCUUGACCCACCACCAAUCACUAUUUCCAUUGCCAACAACGGCUUUGAUGGUUCUGUCAUCUUCGGGGCUCUCAAUCGAUGGCUUCCGAAUGUUGUCAACCUCUCGCUUAUAGGAAAUAAAGUGAGGAGUUACAGAGAUAUGGAAAUCUUUGGUGGACCCAAAUGGAUCUUGAAGAAGCUGAGAGAGAUUAUUCUCCUCGAGAACCCACUGCACGAGACCGCAGUGACAGAUGGCAAAGUUGAAUUAUAUCGGAACGAAAUUGCAAGAAAGUUUCCGUCUCUCGAGAUAUUGGAUAACAUUCCUCUGCCUCACAUCAAGUAUGGUGUUGCACCCACCACUCCACGAGUACCUCUAGUGCCCCAACCUGCACGCUCAUUCCCCACGCCUAUGCGUCCCAGCGCGGUGGCACCCGAGAUUGGAGCGUUUAUUUCCAACUUUCUGGAAAGUUUCUUGGACAAAUUUGACAAUAGCCGGCCAUCGCUUCAUACUGUCUAUACCCCCCAAUCAACAUUCUCGUUUUCCUAUGAUUCGACGAUUCCUCCGCAAGCGAGGCAGCGUGGGUUCAUGUACAAGAUGCCGAACCAGCGAAAGCUCGAUUGGAAAGCAUGGCACGGCGCGGGUAGUCGCAACCUGAUGAAGACGCACAAUUCGCUUCAAGACGCUCGAGAUAAACUAUACACGGGAGCAGACGAUAUCGUCGUCGGUCUGAGCACGUUGCCGACCACCAAACACAUUGUCACCGAGGGAGAAAAAUUUGUUCUAGACGUAAUGCAACUAGAUGUUGGCGCAGGGCCUCAGCUCCUCGUUACCGUUCAUGGCGAAUUUGUGGAAGAACCCGGCACUAUUGACGGCAUUCGGUCUUUUGACCGGACAUUGAUACUCGCCCCAGCGCCUGACAACUCGGUGGCGAAGAUAAAUGGCUGGGAGGCGGUAGUCAUCUCUGACCAGCUCAAUAUCCGGGCAUACUCCUCGCAUGACAGCUGGACAAUUGGGCCUCUUUUGACACAGCAAGAGGAGGCGGAGGCUGUUAUCUCUGCAGGUCCAUCACAGACCAGGUCAGAAAACCCCUCCGCAGCGAUGUCGGAUGUCACUGGGUCUGGACCUGGUGAGGUCCUACACCCGCUCCUUGUUGACUUGGCUGAUUCUCAACGCGCGGCAAUGACCCAGCUGAAAGCAAUGACCGGCCUCAAUUAUCAGUACGCAAUGAUGUGUCUCGAAGCCAACGGGUGGGAUAUAGCUCAGGCCAAGUCAAACUUUGACGAACUCGUCAACUCUAUCCCGCCGCAGCUCCCUCCGGAAGCCUGGAUUGAGUCCUAG